UCCAAUUUCCAAACACAAAAUCCAGCGUCACGCUUUUCGUUUUUGUCUUCUUCCUUGUUAAAGUUUCGAUCUUCUUUGUUUUCUUUCUCAUGAUCCGAGAAUCAAAUGAGUCUGAUCGCCGGCUUCUGACCUUCCCGGCGGUUCAUCCUUGUGAAGGAAUUUCUCUUCCUACACUUUUCACUUCUCUAUUCACUAUCUCCAGUAGGAUUUGCAGUUUCAAAUCCAAAGUUUUCUCCAGUAACAAGAAAAAUGCCAGAAAAGCCAUUCGUAUGAUUGAGGUUCUUCAGAUUUUUCUGGAAGAGAUCCUAGACCAGAGAUGGGGUGUUCCGGAUUCUGUAAUCCUGAGCUUGUCGGAGCUCCAUUUGACUUUCCAGAAGCUUCAGUUCCUCCUUGAAGACUGCACUCGUGAAGGCUCUCGGCUGUAUAUGCUUAUGGAAUCGAAUCGGGUCGCGACCCAUUUUCAAGUCCUAUCUAGAUCCGUAGUCACGGCUCUGGAUGUCUUCCCUUUUAGUUCCACAGAAAUUUCAGAAGAAGUGAAAGAGCAGGUUGAAUUGAUACUGAAACAAGCACGAGUGGGCGACUUUGAAGUUGAGCUCGAAGACAAACGAGCAAUGAUGGGUGUUCUAUCAAUUUUGAAUCAAUUUGAAAACACGAUCAUCCCAAGUGAGAGUAAUCUCAGAUGGAUUCUUGAUCAUAUUGGGGUUCGUAGAUGGAGUGAGUGUAACAAAGAAAUCAAGUUUUUGGAUGCAGAAGUUGGGUAUGAGCGAAUGAAGGAAGACAAAGGAAAGCUUGCGGUUCUGAGUAGUUUAAUGUGGUUCAUGUGCUACUGCAGAUGCGUGGUGAUCGAGGUUGUCGAUAAUGGAGAAGAUUACCCGAAAUCUGAUUGUGGCAAAGAAAGGGAGAUUCUGAAUUGGUGCUUCAACCCAGGUGAUUUUCUAUGUCCAAUCUCUCUGGAAGUCAUGAAUGAUCCAGUGACGAUCGAGACGGGUCAUACUUAUGAUCGCUCUUCGAUUCUCAAAUGGUUCGGCAGUGGAAGCCUCAUCUGCCCCAAGACAGGGAAAAGCCUUAGCAGCAUCGAACUGCUCCCAAAUUUGGUGCUUCGCAGGUUGAUUCAUCGAUACUGUUCUAAAAACGGCAUUCCCAUGGCUGAUAUAGGUCGGAGGACCCGUGAUCGUGAUAACAAAGCAACUUCUCAGCCUGGAAGUUUUGCAGCUCAAGAAGCCAUGAAAAUGCUGGCAAGUUUUCUCUGUGGCAAACUUCAUAACGAAGCAGAGGUUGAGAGAAACAGAGCUGCUUACGAGAUUCGGGUUCUUGCCAAAAGAAACAUCUUCAAUAGGUCUUGUUUUGUGGAAUCUGGUACAAUACCAUAUCUGUUAAGAUGGUUGUCGUCGAGGAAUCCAACAACCCAAGAAAAUGCCAUAGCAGCUCUUCUGAACCUCUCGAAACAUCCCAAGAGUAGAAGUAUUAUGGUUCAGAAUGGGGGUUUGGAAUUGAUUGUGAGUGUUUGUAAGAAAGGAAUGAAGUUAGAAUCUCGCGAUCAUGCUGCAGCUACAUUGUAUUACCUCGCUUCAGAUGAGGAGAAUCGAAGAUUGAUAGGAGAGGAACCAGAAGCAAUCCCAUCUUUGAUCAAUCUUCUCAAAGAUGGCUCUGACAGGGGCAAAAAGAAUGGCUUGGUUGCUAUAUUUGGCCUCCUCUUUCACCCUGAAAAUCACAAGAGGGUGCUUGAAGCUAAGGCAAUCCCGUUAUUGGUUAGCAUCUUAAAGACCUGUCAAAGAGAAGAGCUAGUAACAGAUUCACUAGCAGUUCUGGCAACUCUAGCAGAGAAAAGUGCUGGAGCAAUGGCAAUCCUUCAAAAUGGAGCUUUGCAUCCAACCAUUGAAAUUUUGAAUUCUUCUUCAACUUCAAGAGUUGGGAAGGAGCAAUGUGCGUCUUUGUUGCUUUCUCUGUCAGUAAACGGAGGGGCAAAUGUGGUUGCUCUUCUGGUGAAAAUUCCUUCUCUCAUGGGAUCCUUAUAUUCCCUACUCAGUGAAGGCACAUCUAGAGCAAGCAAGAAGGCCAGUGCUCUCAUCAGGGUUCUCCAUGAUUUUUGUGAAAGGAGGCCCUCUGGAUUCAAGACUCCAGUUCUUCCACAAGAACAAUUUGUUCACGUUUGGUAAUAACCCAGUUUGCUCAUUUUUAUCUGCACUGGGUAUUUUCUUUCAUUUGUUUCUGUAUAUGAGUUUGUAGAUACAAUUGCAAUAAGUGUGCUUCUGAUUCAUGAUAUGAGCUCGUGUUUUGAAGAGCUAAUAUCUGUAUCAGCAUCAGCUUCUGUUUUUUAUUAUGAAGCUUGCACAGAGUUAUUACAAUCCAUUUGUUUAUCAAAUAAGACUGUAUUGUGUCUUGUAAUUUACCAAUGCAAUUUAUAAUAAGAUUGAGAUUCUUUCUUUA